CGCCAGGAGCUUACGCUCGACUUUCAACACAUUGUUCUAGGACAAGGUUGUUGGAAAGCCGAAUGAAGCCCCGGACCGGCGGAAUCCCCUGCCCGGUCUGGCGCCUGGGCUCCGGAGGAGUCAAGUCGCGCCGUCAGCAAUUAUGCCGCCUCGAACAGGAGGGGCGUGUCUCAGAGAGUGCUGCCAACCAGGUUCGAAUCGUUUCCGAGGCCACCAGCGCCAUAUAUGAUAUAUCCCCGGAGUUUCGAAAACCGACAGGAGCCUGUUGGGGUCGCAGAAUGUCAUGCCGACAAAGCCUGGGCCUGUUCAGUUUAACGGAACCGCUGUUGACUUUGGUGUGAAUAUGCUUAAAUAUGCCGAGGAUCUCUUAUCGGAACACUGGGAAAUAUAUGUGG